UUGGCUGUUUUUGGAAGGCUGAAAUCAAUGGAGUUACUCCAGUGGUGAAUUUGGACUUUCAAAGGAAAACUGCAGAAAUCACAAGACUACUUUCAGGCAGAGACCUCAUGCGGGUCACAUGAACUGUUAUUACAGACACAGAGGGAUGAGGAGGAGCAAAGGAGAAAAAAGAGAUACAUUUUAAUUGAAACAGGACAACAUGGGAGACAUGCUGUGUGUAAGUGCUAUCAGACCAGGAUGCUGCAGCUGCUGUUCAGAGAGAAGGGGCUCCCAACACAUCCAAGGCCUUCAGCACACGGAAGCAGUGACUACAGCAGAGUCCCUGCAGCUCCACACCCUCCAGAGCUGGAGGUGCAGGACACAGAGGCCUUGGAAUUACACUGAUCCUUCCCAGGAGCAGGAUGCUGUGGAGAGGUUCAAAUGGCAGAGACAAGGCAUCCCGUUUGGAGCUGCCACAUCCUAUGUACAUCUAGAGAAGCUGCGUGAAGGAUCCUGUGCAACUGUGUACAAGGGGAUCAGCAGGAUCAACGGCCAGUUGGUGGCAUUGAAAGUGAUCAGGCUGGAGACAGAGGAGGGAGUGCCCUUUACAGCCAUUCGAGAAGCUUCUCUUCUCAAGUGUUUGAAACAUGCCAAUGUUGUACUGCUUCAUGACAUUAUCCAGACCAAGGAGACACUAACAUUUGUCCUUGAGUACAUGCACACAGAUCUAGCACAGUACAUGGGCCAGCAUCCUGGAGGACUCCAUUCAUGCAAUGUUAUGCUCUUCAUGUUCCAGCUUUUACGCGGCCUGGCUUACAUCCACCAACAACACAUUCUUCACCGGGAUCUGAAACCCCAGAACUUGCUCAUCAGUUGCCUCGGAGAGCUUAAAUUAGCCGACUUUGGCCUUGCUCGUGCCCAGUCCAUCCCCAGACAGACAUAUUCCUCUGAAGUGGUGACACUCUGGUACCGUCCUCCUGAUGUGUUGCUUGGAGCUACAGAUUACUCUUCUGAUAUAGAUAUUUGGAGUGCAGGGUGUAUAUUUGUUGAAAUGAUCCACGGUCAGCCAAUAUUUGCAGGAACUUCUGGUACUCGUGAACAGCUGGAGAAGAUCUGGACGGUAUUGGGGGUCCCAACUGAGGACACCUGGCCAGGACUUUCCAAGCUCCCCAACUAUAACCCAGAACUGGUUGCUUCCAGGAGACCUCAGAGACUCCGAGUCAUCUGUAACAGGCUGAGCAGGGUGCCAGCAGCAGAGAAUUUGGCCUCCAGGAUGCUUACAGCCUUCCCUCGGGGCCGAAUCUCUGCACAAGACGCGCUUCUACAUGGCUUCUUCAGCCCUCUGCCUCCUCAACUCUGUGAGAUUCCUGCUGGACAAUCAGUGCUCACAGUUCCAGGAGUGAGACUGCAACCUGAAAUCUGUGACCUGUUUGCUUCUUACCGAAAAGGCCAGCUCUCAGGAGGUUCGAGCAAGUUCUGGUAGAAAGUAGGGAUGACUGACUGAUUCUUGGAAACCAAUGUCAGAAAGAUUGACUUGGCAACGAAGAUGUAACAGCACAGUCUGGACACUGGACUUGCAGAAUAUACUCAGCCAUGUGUCACUUAAUAGAGAGAUCCCUGGACCAGAAGAUCGAUGUACAAACAGGACAGAUGGGGACUGACAAUUGAAAGAAUGUAGAGGCUGAUCCAAGGCUUAUCGAGACCUGUCAUUCCUGGGUUUGCCUACAAUCUCCUUCAACAAAAGAGCUCCUGAGGGAAGGAGGGGAUUAGUCAAAAGUUGAGUGAAGUCUCCAGGGAAGAUGGUUUCUUGGAUAAAGUUGUCAACAAAAGGAAUUGUUUAAGACUAUUUGUUAUAAUUUCCUAGAGGGAGCUUCUGCCAUUACUAACAGGAUUACCAGCGUACUGGUUCCACACCAGCAGAGCAUUAGACAUGUGCAUUGCAGACUGGUUGCUUAGAGCUGAAUUCAGGGGUCUUCUUAUAUAGGAUCCCAAAUGUGUACAGGUGUUGAUGAGCAGAGGGGAGAUGGCAGAGAAUUAAGAUGUAGCCAAACACAGUCCAUUCUUGCCCCAGCUGUUGCUGAGAGUCUUGGCUCAUUAAUGAGUUACCAGAGUGUUUUAAUCUCCUUGAGCUCAGGGCUGCUGACAGACUAUGAGAAGGAAAGCUAAUCUGAGGUAAGUGCUGAUCAGGACACAUAGGGAAAUCAGAGAGCUCUUUCCCAACUACAGUUACUGUGAAAUUUCUCAUAGUAUUCUUCCUGGGAGAAUUGGGAAAGCAAGUGACUUACUGUGUUCAAGUACUAGUCUGCUUUGUUUCAGCUAUCCUUUUCUUAGCUCUGGGACAUCAUAAACCAGUAGCCAUGAUAUAAGCCCACAGCAGAUCUGGGAAGAAAAGGAAGACAGAUAAAUCAUUAAGGUGCAGGCAUGCAAACUUUCUUGAAUACUUCUUAUUCAUCUAAGUAGUGUCACUGGCAUGACUGGGAGAACUUCUCUGAGCAAGAAUUAUGCAGAACAUUGAGACACUGGAACAAAACCAGUCAAGGAGCUAUGGGUGGCAGCCACAGAAAGAGCUGAAAGGUGAGCUUUUAGUGUAAGGGAGCUGCAGGUCCGGCCCCACCCCAGUCCAUCAUUUACUAGCCACACACUGCAGAUCUGGGCAGGAAGCAGCACAGUGUUUAUGUUCCCCUUUGCCCUUGCUAUAGACAUAAUUGCAGGAAUGUAUAGAUUAACUAUAUAAAAGGAUACACAGGCUAUCUGCAGGCACUGCUCAGUUAAGAGGACAAGAUAUUCCUUAUGUUACAUUCCUUAAAGUUCUCUGUCUCGAUGAAAAGGCAAAUUACGUCCCAAAAGUCUUUCUACCUCUAGAUUGCAUGGACCCAGAUCUUCCAAUCAGCCACUCUUAGGGUGAUUAAGAUCUGACCUUCCAUUGCAAUACUGAGCAGAGCAGCUACAAAUGAUCCCCAAGUUGGGAUAUGGGUGUUCUGCAUUCCUUUUGCAUUCUUGAAGACAUCUGAACUAAGAGCAGUGAAGAAGCAGGAUCUCUAAUGCCUGCAAUGGGUUGGUCAUGGCUGAAUGUCUGCUCCUAAUUGGAAGCCACUAAAUGCUCAAGAUGUGUUAAACGAAAGGAUUUGUUAUGCAUGGGCAGUGAGGGAUCUAAUGAUGAGAACUGAGUCACUUUUCCUCAUGGUCUAUCCAGAGCAUCAACUGUAAAUUUCUUCUGCCCUGGAGCAGCAGACAGAAUGGCUUUGCUGUUUUACAUAGCUGCUACCCCAUAAUGGCCAUGACAUUGCUAAAUUUAUCUAUAUGCGAAAUUGCCAAAGGGUCAAAUGACACCUUCUAAUUCUGUAUCUAGAUGGAUAGAAAGCCAGGAAGACCCUGUCCAAAGGAUGUGCUGCAACCCAGCAGUCCUCUGUUCAUUAAGUCAAUAUUGGAGGCCUUAAACAUACCAGAGGAGAGAGAGAAAUUGCCUCAGAACGACUCCUGUCCCAAACUAAAGGGAGUACUAUUUACACUAGAAGUACUGAUCUCAGUAGAUUUUCCAUCCCCUGGCCUGCACAAUUUCAGGGGCAGCAGCUUUCAGGGAAAAUGGCUGUAGUGCUAUAACGAGUCAGAAACAGUAGGUAACAAGAAGCACAUCUGAAUUCAUGUACCAAGUUAGUGCCACCCAAAAAGGCGGUUUUGCUUCCACCGUUUCUCUCCCUGCUUCAAGCUUCACAGUCUUUCUCUUUUUUGCUCUCCGGCACUUUUCUAAGACCUUGAAGAACUUAUUUAGUUCACUAAACAGGUGGAAAAUUGUGAGCUCUUUUGCUGAGUUAGUUUUUCAUUGUUUUAGUGAGCUGAAUUAGAUUAAGAAGGGAGAGAAGUACUAGACUUCAUUCAGGGAUGAGUACAGGGUGGGAAAGGAGGAGCUGGAAAAAGCCAUAAAGUUCAUAUUCUCUUAUCUCCAAUGUGCCCACAUCUAGUUCCUGCAGGAUGAUCAUCCCCUGUCACAUCUGAAUGUUUGAUGUCAUUUUGUUUUGAGAUAAUAACUGAGUGGGUUCUGGCGAGUAAGCGCUCAGAACCUCUACCAUUUAUGUGGGCCCAUCUCAAAUCUAGGGUUUUGCUGUUGAACACCUCACAAAAAAAUCCCAGACAUUUGCAGAGAGGUGCAGGACUGAUCUUUCCUUUUUUUCCCCAGAAAAUGCUUUCUCUUGGCAGGGGUAGGAUGCGUUAAUAAAGCAGGUGAGAGUUUAUAAAGUGCAUGUAAACGGAGAUCAUUUUGCUCAAGGGUCACCAAACUGUUUCUUCUCACCAUCUAAUAAAAAAUUAAAAACAAA